GAAGGACAGGAUGUAGGAGGUGAAGCAGUUAAAGCAGAACACUAGAACAUCUCUGUUCACAUGCUCAGAGGAGGGAGUGUGUUAGAAAUGGCAGCGUAUCUGCUUCUGUUUACUCUGCAGCUGCUGUUUGGUCUCAUUAGGCCGAGUCUCCUUCAGAACAUUUCAGCUGAUCUCAUAUCUGUUUCUCCAGGAGCAAACAUCACUCUGCUCUGUAACAUCACUAAUUACUCACAGAAAUCCUGGUAUCAGAUGAUCUCAGCAGGGUUGAGGCAGAUUAUAUCAGCCAGACAAAGGAAGCUGAACAAACACUUUUAUGUGGAUUAUAAUGUAGAUGAGAGUCACUUUUAUUUAACAGAAAGCAGCAGUUCAGUCAGUUUAGUGAUUAUUGGAGUUCGAGAGACGGAUCUGGGGUUUUAUUACUGUGGAGGACGAAAUGAUGAGACACACAUUCAGUUUGGGAAACUCAUCAGACUGAACUUUACAGGUGGCAGCAAUAAUGGAUCUUCAUCAGAGGCUUCAGAUUCACAGCCGCCUGCUAGAAAUGUUAACGACUGGAUUAGAAAUGUGAUUGUAAUGUGUGUGUGCUUCGUCUCCGUCCUAAUAACCAUCUGCAUGUGUGUGUUCUGCAGCAGGGUUCUAGGAAAAUUAACAUCAUGCAGCUUCUUCAGUCACACCACCGACUCCACUGAUAAGGCUGAAAACAUUUAUUAUACCACUGUUCAGUACAAAAGAAUGUCCACUGCAUCUGCUACGAACAUCAAGUCAGACUGCAGGACUGAUUCCUAACUGUUACCUCACAGCUGCAGAGACACUGACAAGCACAAGCUGCUAAAUGCUGAUGACCCUCAUCUCCUCCUCUCCUUUCCUCCUUUAAUUAUUAAUGUUUCUGCUUUGAUCUCAGUAUGUUUAUUAGAGAUCUCACCAUGGAUAGAAGAUCAUCUUAAACUUAAUCCCAACAAGAGCUGAGCUGCUGUACAUUUCUGACUUCA